GACCAAACUGUGACUCCUACCACACAGACCAGGGCUCAUCUCAAAGCCAGGUGUGGUGGGGGGCUGCUGGACUCCGUGCCACAGGGGCACCUGGAGUUGGAAGGGCAGGAGCACCGUCACGCCUUGGCAGAGGACAGGGCGUCACAUCACAGCAAGACCGUACACAGCGAUUGGGAACGAACAAACAGCUUGGUUAGAAAAAAAUUAAACGCCAAUUUCGGCUUCUCCGUUCAGUUGGGCAGAGACUCCGAGAAGCAGGGGGCAUCCAAAGAGACCGGUCCUACCCUAGCAGAACAUCCGACCGGGAGCCGGCCCGUCCAGACCCAGCGCGAAUCUCGCAAGGGGACCCCAAAAGGUUCAGAGGCUUGGGGAGGAGAACCCAGAGAGGCGCUGGGCAGGCGGCCUCGGCAGGUGGCCUGGGCGGCCACCCAAAGUUAACUCGCGGGCUUUUUCGAAGACGCUUGUGCGGUCUGGUUUAUCUUGUCUUCUCUUUAAUAAAAGUUUCAUCCGUGCGUUAAGAGUACGUGGGCUAGGAACAGAGAGUUUUGCCCCCCUUCUACCUGGGGGCGGCCAGCCGUCCCCAAGCCCCCGGAGCCGAAUCCCGGACUCCCUGGCCCGGCGAGAGGGCGCUGCAGCGGCUGCAGGGGCUGCGGGAGCCGGGCAGGGAAGCGCCGGGAUUUGGGCACGCUCGGAGCCGGUGCGCGGCAGGAGGGCGUGGCGGGGGCGUGGAGAGCCCGGGAGCGCCGGCCACCGCCCAGCCCUGGCCCGUCCGGGAGGGAGCGCUUGGCGCGCGGUUAUAAAAAGCCGAGUCGCAGGCGCUCGCGAUCACCUGCCCGAGCCCGGUCUGCGGGGCCGUGCGCCGAGCCAGGGCUGAGGAGGGGCCGCAGGGUUGGCCCCCAAAGGGAUGCUCUCGUCCGAGCGGCGAGACCAGCCCCGCUCGCCCCUGGCUGCCGCCGCGCCGCACCCGCCCGCCGACAUGGCCCUCUACUGCGGGGACAACUUCGGCGUAUACUCGCAGCCCAGCCUGCCCUCGGCCGCGGCCACCACCGUCCCGGGCGCGCCCCCGGCCGCCAGGACGCCCUACGGGCUGGCCGACUACACCGCGCCGCCGGCCGCCGCCGCCAACCCCUACCUGUGGCUCAACGGCCCGGGUGUGGGCGGCUCGCCCUCCGCCACGGCCGCCGCGUACCUGGGCGCCCCGCCGCCUCCACCACCGCCACCGCCCCCCGGCGCCGCGGCCGGGCCCUUCCUGCAGCCCGCGGCCGCCACCGGCUCCUUCGGCUGCGCGCAGCGGCCUUUCGCGCAGCCGGCGCCCGCCGCACCCGCCUCUCCCGCGGGGCCCGCCGCCCCGGCAGAUCUGGGCUGGCUGACCGGAGCCAGCCGCGAGGACUUGAUGAAGAUGGUGCGACCUCCCUACUCGUACUCGGCGCUGAUCGCCAUGGCCAUCCAGAGCGCGCCCGAGCGCAAGCUCACGCUCAGCCACAUCUACCAGUUCGUAGCCGACAGCUUCCCCUUCUACCAGCGCAGCAAGGCCGGCUGGCAGAACUCCAUCCGCCACAACCUGUCGCUCAACGACUGCUUCAAGAAGGUGCCCCGCGACGAGGACGACCCAGGGAAAGGUAAUUACUGGACUCUGGACCCAAACUGUGAGAAAAUGUUCGACAACGGCAACUUCCGCCGGAAGCGGAAGCGCCGCUCUGAAGCCAGCAACGCCUCUACCGUGGCUGCAGGGACAGCAAAAUCAGAAGAGGGGCUCUCCUCCGGAUCCGGGGCCGGCGUGGGCGGGAAGGCCGAGGGGGACAGCCCCUCUCUGUUGAGGCCCUCCCAGUCCCCGGAGCCUCCCGAGGGCACCAAGAGUACUGCCUCGUCCCCCGGGGGGGCCAUGCUCACCUCCACGCCAUGCCUCAACACUUUCUUCAGCAGCCUCAGCACCCUGAGCGUCGGCAGCAGCGGGAGCACGCCGCGCGCCGUGCCGGGCGGCCGCCACCUGGGCCUGCAGGGCGCCCAGCUGGCCCCUGGCGGCCCCUUCCCCGCCACCUCCAUCUCCGAGGCCUCGCCUGAUGCUUUGCAGCUGAGCGGCGGCGGCAGCAGCAGCGGCGGCCAGCGGCCCUCCUACUACAGCCCCUUCCCUGGCGGCAGCGGCGGAGGCCAGAGCAGCCCGUUCAGCAGUCCCUUCUACAACUUCAGCAUGGUCAACAGCCUCAUCUACCCGCGCGAGGGCUCCGAGGUGUAGGGCAGUGCCUCUGAGACUCUGCUAGGCGCGCCUGAGACUGGAGAGAACGCAGGGGCCAAGCCAGCAGCUCUGGGCUAGAGCCCACGUGGGUCCUGCAGCCCUGGCAAGCUCCUGGGGUGGUUGUGCGGCCGGUUGGCUGUGCUGGGAGUGACAUGGGGUAUGAUCCAUAACUUCCCGUAGCCCUGCGAGCUGCUUCUACAGGUUUCUCUGGAUACCGCCCUGUGUUCUGUGAGCCCUGUGAGGGCAAGCGACCAUGUCUCGUUCAUCACUCACUGCAUGCCAGGGUUGCGUAUGUGUGCAGGGGACUUAAAAACGUUAGCCCGUAAAGUAAAGCUGUGGGGCGGGGGACCGCGGAAUCCAACAGCAGCCGGCAGCUGAGGCAGUCGAGGGUUUGGGGCUGGCGCGCUCUGAUUUCUCUAGGAAAGCCAGCUGUCUGGGAUUUUAAUAGGAAACCCCAGCUUUGUGUCCUUUGUCUCAAUUCAGUUUUGCUCCUACUGUCCUAGGACCAGUUCACAGGUCACCUCUGCUCAUUCCUGGCGUCUGGUACAAGGUCAAUACUAAUAGUGCAGCCGGAAGCCACCCUGUCUGCCAAGCAGCGCUGUAGACACUUGACAGGUGUCAACCCACUAAACAGCAGCCUUGGGAGUCGGGGGUGAUGGCGCCCCCUCAUUUUCUACCCCAGGGAAGUGAAACCCUGAGAUGUUAGAUAAACUGGCCUGGGGUCACACAGGAAGCUGGCGGCAAGAUGGGAUGCAGGCAGUCUGGCUUCAGAGGCAGCAGCUCGGAACCUGUGUGUUCUAGUUCCAGAAGAACAAGCCAGCUUCCUCAGGCAGGCACAAGUGUUGAAGGGGUAGGAAUGGAGCACAGCUCUCCUUGGACCACGGAUUCUGGUUGAAAUCAACAUCCCGAGCCAUAGGCAGCCCCUGUAAGAACUGCUGGGGCUGGGGUGGCCACUGCCUGCUUCCCAUCUCAGCCUGCCAUCCUCGCCCUCCCAGCUUGUGUCCUGGAUAUUUCAUCUUCCGACCAAGUAUUAUCAGAGUUUUAUUAACAAACAGCUUUUAAGUGGGAUUUUUAGUUUUUAAUGCAGUAAACCAUCUGAUCAAAUUUGUGAAGAAUAUAUAUGGUGUUAUUUAUUUUAGCAUUCCCUUUUACUCCUCAGAGCUGUCUUCAAAUUGUUUUUAUAGUCACCUCCCAGUGUCCCGACAGAGUACCUGGGACCCGGGACCCGCUCAGCCACUGGUGGGUGACACCUUAGGGUCUGUUAGGAUGCAGAUGAAUUUCUGGGGACAUUAAGAUUAGUCUUUUGAGUUGCCUUUCCUAACAUGUGUCUGAGUCGCUGUGAGCGUUGCUAGUUCAGGGUUUAAGUUUUUUUAGAAACAGGAACUCAAGUACAUUGUAAAAGUUACUUUAACUCUUCCCCGUGAAUGAUUUUUGGAGAUUCACAGCAUUAUUUUUUAAAAAUGCUUUAUUUUGAAAUAUACAGGAAAUUAUUUUUUUAAACAGCUUUUUGAGGUGCAAAUGAUAUCACAUUACUGGUAUGCAGAAAAAUGACCAAAGAAAUGACCAUACUAUGUGUAAAAAAUUGGUUUCUAUGGAUAUUUUUGUAUGUGAAAAAUCAUGUGGACUUUUAUAAAUAUUGUUUCUAGCAAUUCUAUAUUUGUAAAUUAAUUUAUAAUGUGAAUGGGGCAGUAAAGGUGUUUUGUUAUUAUUUCUGAAGAAAGUGUACUGCAUGCUAAGAAGAAUCAUGUGAAAUAAAUUUUAAAUGGGACAACUCCUGGCCACUUAGGAGUAGGGAUCGGAGGGUGGGCCCGGAGUCACUGAUUGUCACUGCAUUUGUCCGCAUCUGAAAGGGCUGAGGCAGCUGUGUAUCACAGAAAGCUUAGCAGAACCCCUGCACCCCCACCCACCCAGCUCAGUCGGAACCCAAAGGAUCCGCGGUCAUUGCCCAAAGUCCCCUGGGUGGAGU